AUGAGUCUGGCACCGCCGGACUGCACCCCGAAAUGCCGCUCACAGAAGCACGCAGACGAGGUGGUAGCGGCGCUGACGGGCGGCUCUGAGGGGCAGCUGCGGGCCUUCUUGACUUCACACUGCUACAAUGCGGCCACCUUGCGAGACGCCUUUGGUCGCACUGCCCUGCACCUGGCAGCCUCACUGGGAAAGAAGGCCCUACUGGAGUGGCUGCUGGACAGCAAAAGUGCUGACCUGAUGGUGAAGGAUAAGGAAUCCGGCUGGACCGCUCUGCAUCGCAGCGCGUUCUACGGACAGAUUCACUGUCUCAUAUCGCUGGUCAAGCAUGCUGGACUCCUCUCCACCCAGGACAAGGAGGGUCUCUCUGUCCUGGACCUUACGAUGAAGGACCGACCAGCACAUGUUGUGUUCAAAAACACUGACCCAACUGAAGUGUACACAUGGGGAAACAAUACUAAUUUCAGUCUCGGGCAUGGUAAUCAGGAGAGCCGACAGCACCCUGAGCUGGUGGAUGUGUUUGCCAGGACUGGAGUUUACAUCAAGCAGGUGGUCCUGUGUAAGUUCCACUCUGUGUUCCUGUCUCAGAAAGGCCAGGUCUUCACCUGUGGACAUGGACAGGGAGGACGACUUGGCCAUGGAGAUGAACAGACUUAUCUGGUUCCUCGGAUGGUAGAGGGUCUGAUGUCCCACCACUGCUCCCAGGUGGCAGCAGCUAAAGAUCACACGGUGGUUCUGACAGAAGAAGGCUACGUUUAUACUUUUGGCCUCAACACCUUUCACCAGCUAGGCCUGGCUCCUCCUCCCUCCUCAGCAUGUGUCCCUAAACAGGUGUUCUCUAAGACGUUGAAAGGCAGGACAGUCAUUGGAGUUGCAGCAGGAAGGUUCCAUACAGUGCUGUGGACCAGGGAGGCUGUCUACACAAUGGGACUCAAUGGAGGCCAACUGGGUUACUUAUUGGAUCCUAAUGGAGAGAAGUGUGUGACAGCUCCCCGGCAGGUAUCAGCCCUGCACCAUAAGGAUGUUACCAUAGCUAUGGCAGCAGCUAGUGAUGGAGCGACAGUAGUCGUGACUGAGAAGGGGGACGUCUACCUGUUGGCUGACUACCAGUGCAAGAAAAUGGCUUCAAGGCAGCUGAAUAUCAAGAAGGUUCUGGUCAGCGGUGGUAGUCUGGACCACCGUGUGGUUCCACAGAUCCUGAAUGAGGGAGGAGGGGAAAAGGUGGCCAUCUUGGCAUUAGAUGAAGCUGGGAGGGUGUUUUGCUGGCGUUCCUGCGGCAGCUCGGUGAGACAGUGCCGGUGGGCGUACGGGCGCCAGGUUUUCAUGUCGGACAUAGCUCUCAGCAAGAAUGGCAUGAUGUUUGUAACUCAGGAGGGGGAGGGCUUCAGUGGCGUGUGGGCUGGAGAAUAUAAGAAGUACGGGGAGAAGAAAGAGGUGAGUGUGGAGGUUUGUGGCCAUUCAGAUGCUGGGACACUAUACGAGAGAAUCCGCCUGGAGAAGCUCCCGUACGUCCACAGAGCUGUCAGCAUCACCAUGGACUCUAAAGGGCGAAAUUUUGGAGUGCUUCAGUCAGACCCCAAAACAAGCUUGUAUGAGAUUCCCAUCAUUUCUCCAUCCUCCUUCUCCCAACACUUCCGGAGCCUUCUGGAUGAGGCGGAUGAAAUGGACAGCAUCCAUGAUGUGACCCUUCAGGCCGGCAAUCGCACCUUCCCAGCGCACAAGUACAUCCUGUCUAUGAGGUCAGAGUUGUUCCGGAAGCUGUUCAUGUCUGAGCAUUGCGGGGUUGAUGAGGAGUUGAGUGGAGAAGUGAGGAAGAGCGAAGACGCCGUGGGCUGCGAUUUAAUCAUUUUGGAGAAGAUCCCAGCAGAAAUGCUGGAAUACGUUCUGCACUUCAUCUACACAGACUCCUGUGAACUUCUGGUGCACGGGACCCGGCCGAGAGUCUCAGGGGUCUUGAUGGGACAAAACCAGGACUUGGAGCAGGAGAGGCUUAUCAGCAGCCUCCAGGACUUGGGCCUGAGAGGUCGUUCAGCCCUCGAUGUGUACCGCUCCAUUCCCCCUGCAGCCAAAGGAGAUGGUGACAAGGCCAAGAGCAAGUGCGCCAAGCCUGGCAAGAAGGGGAAAGGAGGCAAAGGUGACAAGGCCGGGGCCAACGAGGGAGGGGCCAACCCGGUGAAAACCUUACAGGGUGUUGCAAAAAAGCUGGGUCUGGGAAGCCUGUCUGCACGACUGGAUGGAGUCAAAUAUGAAAGUGGAAAAAUCAAUGUUAUAAACAAGAAAACUGGCAACAAACCCAAAUUCUACCAGAAAAAAUGCUCAUAUCUUUGUGAUGUCACCUUGAAAUCUGAAGAUGGGAAAGAGUUUCCAUGUCACAAAAGUGUCCUCUGUGCAAGACUAGAAUACUUCAAUAGUAUGCUUGGAAACCCCUGGAUUGAGGCCACAUCCUGCACUGCACUGGAGAUGCCCACUAGCUCAGAGAUUCUGCAGGUCAUUCUCGAGUACAUUUACACAGAUGAGUCUCCCACCAUUAAAGAGUCUCUGAAUGUGGAGUUUGUCUGCAACGUAUUGGUUGUGGCUGACCAGCUGUUAAUUACACGACUGAAGGAGAUGUGCGAGGUCGUCAUCACGGAGAACUUGACUCUGAAGAAUGCCGCAGAGCUGCUGGAGUUUGCCGCCAUGUACAACGCAGAGCAGCUUAAACUCUCCUGUCUCCAGUUCAUUGUGCUCAACAUGGCUGCCCUGCUGGAGUCAAAAGCGCUGGAUAUUCUUAGUGAUGAAGUGCUUGUGGAGCUUUCUGCAGCCUACAGGAGGAUGAUCCCAGCAAUGCAAAGGAGGGUUAUCACUCCAUAUCCUGGUGCCCCAGACCUCAGUGUGUAUGAAGAUGAGGAUUUGGACUCAGCUUUCAGCCCCAAACCAGAAGCAGAACUGGAUCACUCCUGCAGGGAAAUCCUCUUAAAGAAGGCCAAGAUGAAGGCUAAAAAGAAACCAAGGCGACGCUCUGACAGCUCAGGGGGAUACACUCUCUCUGAUAUCAUUCAAAGCCCCCCUGUUGCAGUGGUUUCGCCAUCCCUGGUGAAAUUAGGCAAGGCAAACUCCACAGAGUCUCUGCAGGAGCUGCUCACAUCCGAUUCAGAGGGGAGCUACAUGGGCGUGGGCAGUCCCCGAGACAUGCAGUCACCCAUCUUCCAUGACAAAACUGAGGAUGAGAAGGCUUUUAGUCAGAGGCUAAAGACCCCACCCAGCACCCCGACCUCCUGCCUCCUAACUCCCCCCAACUCUGCUCCACAGACCAUCCCCAAGGCCCUUCCCUGUCCUGCUCGUCCACCCCCAGUCUUGGAUCUGAGAACAAUCAUGGACAUGGAGGCCAACUCCCUGCAGACCCUCGGAGCGACUCCUAAAAGCCCCGGAAGUGUCAGUGCCAGCAUCAAGCACACCCCUGUUCCUGCUAAACUGUCCCAGAAGCAGAGGAAGAUGUUGGCAAUGGCCAACAAGGAGGCCAGUGUGGAGUCCACUGCGUCCAAACCAACCCCCACAGUCACCCCAUCCAAAAGCAGUGGGAAGGCCUGGGCAAAAGCAGUCCAGUCCCCGCCCUCCUCAUGCUCAUUUCGGGCGCUGCUGGAGGAGGAGAAGAAUCGCUUGAUCGGAGUGGGACAAACAGGAGUCCAGAGGGGUCAAGGUGCCCAGGGGUCCCCUGUCACUGCCACUCCUGCAACCAGGAGGGUCACGUUCAAGUGUGCCGAAAGAAGCGAACCAGAGAGACCCACCGGGCCCUGGGUGCUAGGAGCAGUAGGCAGCCCUCCCCUCUCCUCCCUGGUGACCUUUGCCACCAUCGUGGAGGAGGAGAAGCAGCAGGAAGCUGCACUGAUCCGCAGCCGGGAGAAGCCGCUGGCGCUCAUCCAGAUUGAAGAGCGGGCAAUCCAAGACCUCUUGUUCCAUUAUAAGGCGCGUGACAACCCAGAUGAGCUGAUCGUGGUGGAGAGGUCUUCCAGAGGUCCUAUGGCAGCCCCGACCUGGAACAAACACUGACGUUAAACAGCACGGCCACUACAUACCGUCAAAGUGAGAACAUCUCCUUGCAGUUGUCACUCUCCGAAAACAUCACCAGACCCAUCGGUCCUUGUUGUCUGACUCGUCCCGCCUGGUGUGGGAUGAGUCUGAUACAGAGCUAUAUUUGUCUUUGCAAUGUUACUUUAAGUUUUGUUGUAUUGCUGCUCAACAUUUUGUUUGUAUGUGUGAGAGAGAGUGAGUGUUUUUCAUGACUGAAUGUGGUCCUGAAGGAAGGUUUUGGGGAUUACUUAUGCAUGUUUUUUUUAUUAAUUAUUUCCCCUAACUCCCUCUCUUUUUGGUGGUGAUUAUGUCUCCACUCGUCAAACCAAUAAUAGGAAACAUAACCGACUUUCCCAAAUAAAUAUUGUCAGUUAUGUGAAGUUAAAGUUGCCAAAGAAAUGAAAAUGUUCAAGCCACAAAAUGGGUCCAAACUGUAUCGCCUCGAGGGCUUGUGUGUGUUAAAUCAGUGGAGGCUCUCGAUGUGAUUAAGAAAGUAAGAGUGCCAAUUAUCAACUGUGACUGAGCAUCAGCUCGACUUAAGAAGUAAAGUGAGCUGUUUACCAAGGCAGUAGGUUUAGUUUCUUUUAUGGUCCUUUUUUUUUUCUUUCUUCUCAAUACUUACAUCGUUUUAACUGAUUGCUUCAGCUGAUUUGCAGUGACAUAAUAACCUUGCUGGGUCAUUGUUGUGUGUAUUUAAAAUAUGAAUGAAAUAUGUUUACCAUAUUUAAAAUAGAUUAUUGUAUGCGGUUAUAGUGAACCGUAAAUGCUCAGUAGGGUUCAUUGUGUGGAACUGGCUUUCUAGCCUUUGAAGUUGUAGUGUGGUUUGGAGAAAGUGGUGUGCCUUUAUCAAAUAAUGACCACAGACUCACAGAUGUUGAAAUAUCAUUUUUUUCCUCUUCAUUAUUUUCUUUCUUGUUUUAUUCUCUGGCAUUUUUGCCGGAGCCAGUGUAGGUUUGGUAGGUACCUCCGAUCUGGACCAUGUAUUCUCGUCUUCAGAUGCCCUUUUUGCGUGUGUGAGACGGAAGAGAAAAUGGCAUGUAAUAAAAAAUCUCAGCCGUGCAAUGA